CGGGAACCCCGCCGCUCCUCCCCAGGCCCGGCCGUGACGCCAUUGCUGGGAGAAGCUGCUGCAGCCCCGGCAGGGCAGCGAGCGAGCGAGCCGGGCUGGCGGGGGCAGAGCUGCUGCUGCUGCCGCUGCCGCGCAAGACCCCUCUGGGCCGACGUCCUCCUGCAGCGCCGGGCUGAGAGAGAGAGAGAAAGAGAGAGAGAGGAUGGCGGCGGCGGCUGGCCUGUGGUGGAGCCUCUUCUUCCCCUGCUGCCUCCUCGGCCGCCACGCUUCGGAAGGUGUCUCGCCAGACUGCCACUUGGACUUUGACAAUCAGCUGGUUUGUCACUGGAAGGUGGAGAGCACCACAAACUGCGCCGAGGAGUUCUUGCUCUCUUACGAGAAGUACGACCCAGACCUUGGCCCGCUUCCUCAGAAGUCGAACUGCACUCCUAAGAGCGGAAGCAGCCCAGACGGUGCCCCCGAGUGCCUCUGCGUCAUGCCAGAAGAGCACUUCGAGUACGCCACAUACCAUAUCGUCCUCGAGGCCAACGGGACAAGGACCUAUGAGACGAGCCGACCCGCGGAUCAGAUGGUCAAGCUCCGGCCCCUCAUCAACCUGACUGUGAACAAGAAGGAGCGCACCUUCGUCCUUUCCUGGUCAUGGAACUACACACAGGAGAGUUACUUUGACAAGUACCAUCGAGCGCAUGCCCUAGAAUACGAAGUCGCCUAUUGGGCCAAGGGCAAGGAUCAGCAGAAGUACAAUGUUAAAAAAAAGCAAGAGCCAAGAUACGUCAUCCUUGCCAGCAACCUCGAGUCAGGCGCCACCUACGUGGCUAAAGUGCGGUUUCACAUUGAGCAAUUCGGCAGCUGGAGUGAGUGGAGCGCCCCCUGCGAAUGGCAGGCCGACCCUGAAGACCAGCUCUGGCUGAUGCCUCUCUGCUUGUGCGCCCUGGUCAUGGCCCUGAUGUUCGCCGGCUACUUCUGCUUCUCCAGGCUGAAGGCGAAAUGGUGGGACCGGAUUCCAAGCCCGGCCAGGAGCACGAUGGCCAAGCAGAUGAGCACAAAGCCCCUUCCAGUGGUGAGGAGGAUCUGGCCCCUGAGGGGAGGGGAGGCCUCCGCCCCCGACACCUGCUGGGAACAACGAUGCUGUGGGAGCUCUCCGGGAGGUCCCUCGAGGGUGAUGGCGCCUGGGAGGAGCAAGGCCGGCGUUUGCCUCACGCCGGAGCUCACGCGGGUUGACCAUCCUCUGGCGGUCUGCAGCAGGAAGGCAGCGGGCGGGCCAGGGGGCCUGAGGGGAGCAGAGGCGGAUCCUGCCCCCCACGAAGAGGCCAUGGCAGCCCUCUUCGUGAAGCUUUUGGACGGCGACUUCAGCACCACAGAGGACGCUGGAGCCCAGCUGGAGCCCAGGCCCGGAGCGCUUGGCGGCGGCGGCGGCUUCUCCUCUCCAGCAGCAGGGAGCCUAGAGCCCUUCUCCAAGUCUGGCUAUGGGAGCUCCCGCACGGAGGCGGCUCCUCCCUGGAUGGUGGCUCCUGUCCUGGAAGACCCCCACAACCAGGGGCUCCCCACUGCGGACGCGCUGCCUCAUGCCCCACACUUGCCUCUGGACAGCGCCCUCGCCACUGAUGCGAUGGACCCCUGGACAGACUGCCAGGGGGCCAGUAGCGGCCCGGCAGCCCAGCCCUCUGGCUACAAGUGUUUUGACGGCCUCUUGCUGCGGCCCAUGGCCAGCUGCAGCCAGGUGGGGGAGCAGCAGCCGUCCCCUCCACCAGGGGACCCAAUCCAGGCACCAGGCAGUGAGCGUCGGGCCGGCUGCGCAGACCCUGCUGUUGCCGCCGCCGCCCAGGGGGUCUUCCCCGGAGGAGGCCUGGACGCCCCGUGGCAGCUCCCUUCCUGCAAAGCGGCUGUCCAGCAACAAGGCCUGGCCUGCUCCGCUGCCCCUCUCUUCUCUGGCUACCGCUCUUUCAGCUCUGCUCUUCAGAGCAGCACCCACCCCCCAGAUGACUGUAGCAGCUGCCCAGGCCUGGCACCCCCCUACAAGCCCUUCCACAGUGUCUUCGAGGCCAGCCCCACAGAGACCCCCACAGGCAGAGACUGCUUGGACCCUCACCCGGGGCCAUGGGAGGCGGCUGCCUGGAAGGCCUGGCCCAGUGCACCCUGGGAGGAGGGGCCAGGAGGGGCUCCCGGGGGCCUCCAUGUGGAAGGAGCAGCCCAUUAAGACUUCCAGGGGUCGGGGGGGGGCCUUUGGUCUUGCACACACAAACAGCAAGAGGCCGUGGCUGUGGGGAGGGUCUCCUCUUGCUUGGCCCAGGGUGCAUCUGGGUCUGGGCACAACGGCUCCCUCAAGCUGGCCAGCAACUGCCGCUCUCUCCCUGCCGGCUUAUUUGCAGCCUGCACUUCAGUUGCUGGCCGACCAGGGACCUCCCGGGAGAAAGGGGGAGGCACGCCGGGGACAGAGCCCAGCUCUGCUACCUUCCUGAGUUGGUGGGAGGUGGUAGGGUGUUGGUCCAGGAUGCUUUCCAGAUGACACCCUACCACAGGGUCACCACGGAUCUGCUAAGUGUGCUUCCGUACUCCCUGUGGUUUGACACCCCAGUCCCUGUGCUGACAGCAAGGUGCCAUUCACAUGAUGCCUUCUUUCGGGUUUUAUCUUUGUAUUAUAGUGGUACAAAGUUGCAUGUGCGUCGCAAAAAAACAACAAAAAACAGCUGUAUUUCCCGGUUUUGCACAAGAUAGAAACGACUGCUCCCCCUGCUGGUGGCUUCAGGCAACAGAUGGCUGGACUUUUUAUUUACUUUUUCAAUACAAUCCUGCCAAGCUGAA